AUGGAUUUUAACAGCCUCAAGGACUCGGUGUCCAGCCUGACGUUGUAUGACCUCAAAGCUGGUGUUCGCAAGGUGCAGAAUGCUGUGAUGAACUACACCGAGAUGGAAGCCAAGGUGCGCGAGGCGACCAACAACGAGCCAUGGGGCGCCUCAUCGACGCUGAUGCAGGAGAUUGCCAACGGCACCUUCAACUAUCAAACGCUCAACGAGAUCAUGCCGAUGAUCUACCGCCGGUUCACCGAGAAGGCGGCUGAAGAGUGGCGGCAAAUAUACAAGGCACUACAGCUGCUCGAGUUUUUGAUCAAGCACGGCUCAGAGCGGGUGAUCGACGACGCCCGCUCGCACCUGACGCUGCUCAAGAUGCUCCGCCAAUUCCACUUUAUCGAUCCGAACGGCAAGGACCAGGGCAUCAACGUCCGCAACCGGGCCAAGGAGCUGGCAGACCUGCUAAGCGACGUGGACCGCAUCCGAUCUGAGCGCAAGAAGGCCCGGGCCAACAAGGCCAAGUUCACGGGCGUCGAGGGGGGUGGCGGCGGCAGCAUCGGCGGCGGCAGCAGCGGCCGGUACAGCGGCUUUGGCAGCGAGUCGGGCGGCUACGGCGGCUACUCGGGCGGCGUAUACGGUGACGGCGGCGUGUACGGUGGCCGGACGAAUGAGUACAGCGAAUACGGCGGCGGUGGCAGCAGCGGUGGUGGUGGCGGUGCCGGCGGCAGCUCACGCUCAGAACAGUUUGAGGAGUACGACGAAUAUGACGAAGGCGAGCGGCCGGCACGCUCGCAAACAUCUUCAGCAGGCGCACGCGCUGGCGUUAAGCGGACGACAGGCGGUGGUGGCAGCAUCAGCAUGACUAGCAAACGAGCAGAGCAGGCGGCGCCGCCGGCACCGCCAAAGAAGAAGGAGCCUGAGGUCGACCUGUUCUCCUUUGACGAGCCGGCGGCGUCGAGCGGUGGUGGUGGUGCCCUGGAAGCACCGGCUUUGGCCGCGGGUAGCGGCGGCGAUGACGAUGAUGACGACUUUGCCGACUUCCAGGAGGCCACGGCGUUGCCGGCGGCUCCGACAAACGCCCUGGCUGGCUUGUCUCUGUCCAGCGCAUACGGCGCUCAGUUUGCGGCCCCGCAGCCGGUGUCAGCACCCAAGCAGGCCGACCUGGCCGGCAUGGUUGGGCUCUCGUCCAUCUCGCCACCGCCAGCCUCGACCUCGACGCCCGGUGGUGCGCCCAACUACUCAGCUUUCCACGCGCCUCCGCCCGUGGCUGCAGCUGCUGCUCCUGCUGUGGCUCCCCAGGCGGCCGGCUUUCGGCCCGCGCAGCCAAACUACUUCCAGUCGGUGCAGGUGCAGGCGCCUUCGUCGACGUCGGCGAUGCAGACGACGUCUGUGUUCCCGCAGUCGCAGUCGCAGCAUCGGCACGCGUCCAGCACGAGCGGGGCGGCUGCCGGCAUGGCGGCACUGCGACCGGUUCUGCCGUCGGCGACGAGUAGUGGCAGUGGUGGCAGCAACAACAAAAGCGGCAGCGGCGAUGCUUUCGGCGCGCUCUGGUCGCAGGCCAGCACGACCAUCAAGAAGCCGACCACGACGGCCGGGCCAGGACCGUCGAUGGGGCAGCUGGCACAGGAGAAGAGCAACGCGGCCAUCUGGGGCACGGCUAGCACGAGCACGCCCAGCACGCCCAAGCCUGUGGCGGCGUCGAGCAGCAGCAACGGCCUGGAUGACCUGCUGGGUUGA